AUGGGACCUGGGGGCGGUGGCGGAGGCGGCGGACAUGGGGGAGGUGGCGGUGGACAUGGGGGUGGGGGACCUGGUGGCUGGGGCGGAGGACCUGGGGGUGGGGGACCUGGUGGCUGGGGCGGCGGACCUGGGGGUGGGGGACCUGGUGGCUGGGGCGGCGGACCUGGGGGCGGCGGACCUGGCUGGGGUCCUGGACCUGGAGGUCCUGGUUUCUGGCCUGGACCUGGUGGUGGCUUCUUUGGAGGAUUCGCUAAUGGUUUAUGCAGCAUGAUAUCUUCUUGCUUCUACUGCCUAUGCUGCUGUUGGUUGCUCCAAGAUUGCUUCGGCGGACCGCGUGGAGGCGGCGGGCCACCGCCUUUCUGAUUUUGAUUUAUUUUACUGCACUGUAAUGGUUUAUCUUUUAAAUUGGGUCACAAAAAUAAUGGUUGGCUUUAUGAUC